AGGGAGGGGACUCUUACUGUUAGUGAAGGAGUGCGCUUAACUACCCUAAAGGAGUUUGAAGCCCGUGAUGAUGGGAAGAAGGCAAGCAAGAAGAGGCGCGUUGAACCAGGCACUCAGUCUUUACGACGCUGUAGCAGGUGUAGUAAGGCAGGGCACAACGCGCGAACGUGCAUAAAAGAUGCGCAAGAUACUGUAGAUUAG